AUGGCCCAGUCUUCAUUUGUUUUCGGUGUAUCUCCAGAAGGAUGGAACGAAAGUACACAGUACCGGAUCUAUAGCGGAAUCUCAGGCAGUGUCAAUAGGAACAUUGAACCUGUUGGUCGUUUCUUUCUUGCACAUGCUCGUCGAAAGUUAAAUAAUCAUAGUUUUGAUGAAGACGACCGCAUUCAAGCGGAAGCUGCUAUUAAACAGGAGGACGAGGUAAUAGAUUUAAAGGAUGAAGAAGAAGAAACCCCAGAAUUGCUAUCUCGAGAUCCCAAAGACUGGAAGGAACAAGACCAUUAUGCAGUUUUAGGUCUUUCCAAAUAUAGGUGGAAAGCUACAGAUGAUCAGAUUAAACAAGCGCAUAGAAGGAAAGUUCUUAAGCAUCACCCGGAUAAAAAAGCAUCAAGCGGAAAUACAAAUGAUGAUGCAUUUUUUAAAUGCAUUCAAAAAGCCUAUGAAAUUCUUUUUGAUCCCGUUAAAAGACGUCAAUUUGAUUCCGUCGAUGAAGCUAUUGACGACUCGCCACCCAGUCUAAAGGCCAAGGGUGACUUCUUUGAAAUUUAUGGUCCAGUAUUUGAACAUAUAAAUUCCCCUAAAUCAGAAGUGGAGGCAUUUUAUGAUUUCUGGUAUAACUUUGACUCUUGGCGUUCGUUUGAAUAUUUAGAUAAAGAAGAUGCAGAUGGUUCCGAUAACCGCGAUGAUAAACGUUAUCUUGAGCGAAAGAAUAAAACUGAAAGGGCAAAACAUAAAAAGGAAGAUACACAGCGAUUAAGAAAAAUUAUUGCACUGUCAUUAGAUCCAAGAAUUUUGAAAUUCAAGCAAGAAGAAAAAGCCGCCAGAGAAGCCAAGAAGAAACAAAGGGAGGAUGCUGUCAAGGCUUCACAAGAAGCGGCAAAAAAGCAACAAGGGGAAAAGAAGAAAAAGGAAGCAUUGAAGAAGUCUAUGCGUAACGAACGUAAAACCAUCAAGACAUUUGUCAAAAAUUAUAAUUAUUUUUAUCCGACCAAUGAGUCUCCCCCUGCAGACGUUAUUGGUAAACAAUUGUCUGAAUUAGAUCUUUUAUUCGAGAAAUUGACAUUAGAAGAACUUCAAAAUGUCCGAAAUCAAGUGGAAUCCGCAAAAGAUAGUAAUGGAGUGAAACAAGCUUUAAUAACCGAAGUAACAAGACUAAUAAAUUCUACGGAUAUUACUUUAAAUGUCAUUGUUCCUGUUAAAGGAUCGAGUACAGAAAAAGACAAUGCAUCAAAGGGUGAAAACAAGAAGGAACCAAAGGAACGACCUUGGGACGUAGAUGAGAUAUCGUUACUGAUAAAGGCUGCAAACAAGUUUCCAGGUGGAAGCUUAAAUAGCGAAUUUGUUGCAGACCAUUCUGGAAAACCGCCACGGUCAAAUGAAGAACUUAUAAAAAAAUCUAAAGAAGUUCAAAAAGGCGCAAAUGCAUUGGACGAAGAUGAUGUGCGAAAGUUGCAGCAUCAAAAGAAACAUACAGAUACGCGUAUAUAUGAAGAUCCUUCUAUGCGAGAAGCUACCAUCAAUUAUGAUGAUAAGCUGCGUACUCAAACUAAUGUGCAAACUAAUGUGCAAACUAAUAUGCAAACUAAUGUUCAAACUAAUGCGCAAACUAAUGCACAAAAUAACUCAAAAACAUCAUCAAAACAAGGCAAAAAUAAGAUGAAAUCUAAGUCUCUGUCACAACCUAUUGAAUCUCGAAUAACGGAAGUUUCAGCAGUGAAGGUAGAAACUUCAAUAAAAUCAACCGAAGCAAAUUCUAUAAAUGGAUCUACUUCAAAAGCUUCCUCAAGUCCUUCCUCAUCGACUUCCGUAACAAAUGUAUGGACUGCUACUCAGCAAGCACAAUUAGAACGGGCGUUACAAAUGUAUCCACCUUCAUGGAAAGGAGAUGUUGAUAGAUGGGACAAAAUAUCAAGUGCAGUUGAGGGUAAAACAAAAAAAGAAUGUAAACUUAGAGUAAAAUAUUUAUCAGAACAAGUUAAGGCAAAGAAAGCCGCGCAGUCUAUAGAAAAAUAA